GGUUCCUGUGUGCGGACCGCAGGAGCGCGCGGCUCUCCUCUAGUGGGGGAGAGUGUGUGAGGAUGGCAGCGGCGGUGGCGGCGGACGGACCCCGCGCCCUGGACGAGUCCUCGGACAGCGAUGCGGAGCACGAGCCCGGUGCGCCGCAGAAGCUCAUCCGCAAAGUGUCCACUUCCGGCCAGAUCCGCAGUAAGACGGUGUUGAAAGAGGGGAAGCUGAUGAAACAGACGAACUCUUUCCAGCGCUGGAAGAGACGCUACUUCAAAUUGCGUGGGAGGACGCUAUAUUACGCUCAGACUGCCAAGUCGAUCAUCUUUGACGAGGUGGAUUUGACCGAUGCCAGCGUGGCCGAGUCCAGCACCAAGAACGUCAACAACAGCUUCACUAUUAUCACUCCAUGCAGGAGAUUGAUUCUGUGCGCUGAGAACAGGAAGGAGAUGGAGGAGUGGAUGGCAGCUCUGAGGAGUGUGCAGAGCCGAGAGCACUUUGAGUCCUCGCAGUACAGCAUGGACCAUUUUUCCGGGAUGCACAACUGGUUCUCGUGCUCACACGCUCGGCCCACGUACUGCAACGUCUGUAGGGAGGCGCUGAGCGGAGUGACGUCCCACGGGCUCUCGUGCGAAGUGUGUAAGUUCAAGGCCCAUAAACGCUGCGCCGUCCGAGCCACUAAUAACUGCAAAUGGACCACGCUGGCGUCCAUCGGGAAGGACAUCAUCGAGGACGAGGACGGGAUCUCUAUGCCUCAUCAGUGGUUAGAGGGGAACUUACCCGUGAGCGCGAAGUGCAGCGUGUGCGAUAAGACAUGCGGCAGCGUCCUCCGGCUGCAAGAUUGGCGCUGCCUUUGGUGUAAAGCCAUGGUGCACGCUUCGUGCAAGGAGCAGCUCUCACCCAAAUGUCCACUCGGCCAGUGCAAAGUCUCCGUGAUCCCUCCGACCGCGCUCAACAGCAUCGACUCAGACGGGUUCUGGAAAGCCUCGUGCCCCCCCUCGUGCUCUAGCCCCCUGUUGGUGUUUGUGAACAGUAAGAGUGGAGACAACCAGGGUGUGAAGUUCUUGCGCAGGUUCAAGCAGCUGCUCAACCCGGCCCAGGUGUUCGACCUGAUGAACGGAGGACCUCACCUGGGUCUGCGUCUUUUCCAAAAGUUUGAUACAUUCCGAAUCCUGGUGUGCGGGGGAGAUGGCAGCGUGGGCUGGGUUCUGUCCGAGAUAGACACACUGAUGCUGCACAAACAGUGUCAGCUGGGUGUUUUGCCACUAGGAACUGGAAAUGACCUGGCCCGAGUUCUGGGCUGGGGGUCAGCAUGUGACGACGACACACAGCUUCCUCAGAUCCUCGAGAAGCUCGAAAGAGCCAGCACCAAGAUGCUUGACAGAUGGAGCAUCAUGGUGUAUGAAACAAAGUUUCCACGGCAACACUCAAGCUCCACGGUAACGGAGGACUGCAGCGAUGAUUCAGAGGUGCAGCACAUCCUGACCUAUGAAGAUUCAGUGGCAGCUCAUCUGUCCAAGAUCCUGACUUCAGAUCAGCACUCUGUAGUGAUCAACUCUGCCAAGGUUUUGUGUGAAACGGUGAAGGACUUUGUGGCCAAAGUGGGUCGGGCGUAUGAGAAGAACACCGAGAACUCCGAGGAAUCGGAGACCAUGGCCAAAAAGUGUGGAGUCUUGAAGGAGAAGCUGGACUCGCUGUUAAAGACGCUGAGCGAGGAAGCUCAGGCUUCCGUCGUCGUGCCGACGCCCACACCCACCAUCGCAGAGGAGCAGGAAGAAGGCGAGGCGCAGGUUCCCCAGGCCACGCCAACGGUCAAACUUUCAGCUCCACCUCCCUGUUCUCCCCGCCCACCUGCUGCGAUCUUUAAACCCAGAGAGCAGUUGAUGCUGAGAGCCAACAGCUUAAAGAAAGCCAUCAGACAGAUUAUAGAGCACACAGAGAAAGCUGUGGACGAGCAGAACGCCCAGACGGAUGACGUUUUUGGCACAGGGUCUCCCGAGGAAGAGGUCGAGGAAGAGGAGGAGGACGAGGACGAUCAGGAGUCAUUGAGAUCCUUCAGCACCGGAGCACAGCAUUUCAGGAGAGUCUGUAAGGCUCCAUGUGAGAAGCUCAUCAGUAAAGGCAGCUUAACAGUAGGCAGCUACGCAUCACUUCCUGCUCAGACGGGAGCUCGAGAAAACAUGCUGAACUCCAAGAUCCUAUAUACAGGGAUGUCCGGGACUCUCCCCAGCAAUUCCGUUAUCAGCCGGCUGCUAGUGAACGCCGACCCUUUCAGCUGCGACGUCGAGAACCUGGAGUGUUACACUGAAAAGUGUGUGAUGAAUAAUUACUUUGGAAUCGGACUGGACGCCAAAAUCUCACUGGACUUCAAUAACAAGAGAGACGAACAUCCUGAGAAGUGCAGGAGCCGUACUAAGAAUAUGAUGUGGUACGGAGUUUUGGGGACCAAAGAGCUUCUUCACAGAACUUACAGAAACCUGGAGCAGAGAGUACUUCUGGAGUGUGAUGGCCGGCCCAUUCCUCUGCCCAGUCUUCAGGGUAUCGCCGUACUGAACAUUCCCAGUUAUGCUGGAGGAACAAACUUUUGGGGAGGAACCAAAGAGGACGACACGUUCACCGCGCCGUCGUUCGAUGACAAGAUUCUGGAAGUGGUAGCUGUGUUUGGCAGCAUGCAGAUGGCUGUGUCUCGAGUUAUCAACCUGCAACAUCAUCGAAUAGCCCAGUGUCGAACAGUGAAGAUUACCAUCCUUGGUGAUGAAGGCGUUCCUGUGCAGGUGGACGGAGAAGCAUGGAUCCAACCACCGGGAUUCAUCAGGAUCCUACACAAGAAUCGCACCCAGACGCUGACCAGGGACAGGGAAUUUGAGAAUACUCUGAAAUCAUGGGAGGACAAGCAAAAGUGUGACUUCACACGCCCCGUAUCCCAGCAUGCAGUGCAGCCUGAGAUCAUCACUGAGGAGGAAACGGCUCAGAUUAGUUUGUUUGGGCAGACCGCUGGAGCUCUAAUACACAGCAUACGGGAGAUUGCUCAGUCUCACCCCAGUAUGGAGCAGGAAUUGGCGCACGCUGUCAACGCCAGCUCCAAAGCUAUGGACACUGUGUACGCCAACUCCAAGAACAACACUGGCCUGACUUGCAGUGUGGUGCUACAGAUGGUCAGCAAUGUGAAAGCCCUUCACAGUGAGACGGACCUCCUUCUCACAGGAAAAAUGUGCUUGCAGUUGGACCCGCCGCAGAAAGACCAACUGGUGGCAGCUUUAGCGUCCGUCGCUCAGCAGCAGCGCAGACUCAUGGAAAUCAGCUGGAUUAGCGCGUUCAUCGACCCGACCGACGACGAGGGAAAUUCUUUGGAUUUUUCCAAGCGUAGUCGAAGUGCUAAAUUCCGCCUUGUUCCCAAAUUUAAGCGGGACAAGAACAACAAGAACAAGGAGAUGUGUACUCUCAACCUGCCUGUGAAUCAAUGGGGAGUGGAUGAAGUGGCAUGCUGGUUGGAGCAGCUGUGUCUCUCAGAAUACAAAGAGAUCUUCAUCAGGCACGACGUUCGUGGACCAGAACUGGUGCACCUGGAGAGGAGGGACCUCAAGGACCUGGGUGUAACGAAGGUGGGCCACAUGAAGCGGAUCCUGCAGGGAAUCCGAGACCUGAAUCGCAACAGCACGGCCAGCGAAGCUUAGACCCUCCAAGACAAUCACACUCUCCGAGAGGGCGAGACCAGUCUCAGCACAGCCAAUCAGAUCAGCGGGACCAACUCAGCGACAUAUCAGAGCUCGGCACAGUGCCUUCGUUUCAGCCAACCUCUGUGUAUGGUGUGUGUGUGUGUGUGUGUGUGUGUGUGUGUGUGUGUCUGUGUGUGUUAUGUGUGUGUAUGUGUAUUAGGAGAACAGGAGCAGUAAAUAAGAGCCAUCAGUAAUCAAAGGGCUACAGAAUUAUCAAAGUGCGAAACACAGAAACUGUGCUGUUAUAAUUAGCCAUUAGCACAAAGUAAAAAAUGAGAAGUGUGUUUUUUCUUAAGAAAACCAUGCUGUUUAAAUUCAAAUAGCUUUAUUUUGUAAAAAUUAAAAUUAAUAAAAAUAGAUCUAUAUUCAAAUCGAGUAACCUAGCCACACUGCGUCAUGACAAUCAAGAAUGAUGGAGUGGUCGGUCCAACAGAUACAACCAUAAUCUACCUGUGUGUGUGAGUGUGUGUGUGUGUUAAGUGUGUGUGUGUGUGUGUGUGUGUGCAAUAUCUCAUAUCAGUGUUGGGAUUAGAGUUAGCAUCAGGAGAAAGCGUUUUCGAGCUAAAUACGGAGUCAUAAGACGAACCUGUACAUUUUGCAGCGCAAGACGUCAGGACGUUCACGAUUCCUCUUUGACCGCCAGACCGAAGCUCCACGUGAGCUGGAGUGUUUACGCCGUGACUUUCAGCGACACUUAUAACGGGUUACACAGGAAAUCCGUUCCUAUGAAAAUGUAAUCAGAUGCGGUCACUGACAGCCCGAGUGACACGAUUCUUAUUAAACACGACUGCUCAGAGUGUGUGAGAGUGUGUGUGAGAGUGUGUGUGAGAGAGUGUGUGUGAGUGUGUGUGUGAGUGUGUGAGAGUGUGUGAGAGUGAGUGAGUGUGUGAGAGUGAGUGUGUGAGAGUUCAGCCAUAUCAUUUUGUCCCAUAGUGUUUGUAUUAAAUAUUUAUUAAGCUCUCAACGAUAGUGUACAUACAUUCCUUAUGUACAAACAGUCUGUUAUUAAACCAACGCUGAGUUAAA